AUGUCAAGUGACUUCAGAAGUGCGAUGAUUCAGGUAAUUGCUCAGCUCUGUGGUCAAGUUGGCUUCGAACAAAUCACGGAAGCCUCACUUGAAUUGUUAAUUAGCGUUGUGGAAGCAUACUUCCUCUCCUUAGUUAGAAAUGUAUAUACGUUGACGGCCUCAGACGGUUAUGCACAGGUUGCAGAUGGACUUCUAGCUUUGCGUUUGAUGGGUCAAACGCCUCAAGGCUUUGCCAAGUUUGUCAUAGAGAACAGUCGGUUUUUUACACGAGCGCCUACUAUGACAUGUGGGCCGGUUUACGGAAAAUCGUGUUUAAAUAUCCCACCUGAAGAUCAUCCUGAAUUAGAAGAGCGGCCACCCUUCAUCCCUCGCCAUUUGCCGUUAAAUUAUCGCGAGGACUUUGGAAGUCAAACAUCUCAGGCAGAACCAAGCAUCAAAGAAUUUGCUUUCAAUACUUGUUUAUCUCCCUCCUCACCUAAUACGGUAUCUACUAGUUCCAAUUGUCUUACUGGUGCAACCAGUAGUGCUGUAACAACCGUUGCUCGUACACUUCCUGAAUGGGCCAACAGAUCUACAUAUCAUAUGACAUGUGUUUCAGUUGAUCCUCUAACUAAGUGCUUGGUGGAGCAUUGUCCUCCAUGGAAAGCCUCUGAUGUUUUGUCGGAGUCACCGAUUCCGGACAAUUAUGUGGGUUCGACAAAUAAUUACUUUUCAUCUAUCUCAAAAAGAGAACUUGCAUACGACUCAACACCAGAGGAUACAAAAAAUUCAUAUUUGUCUCCACCCUCACCCGCAAAACAAUGUGGUGCUAGUGAUGCACAGUGGGCAGCUGCUCUACAAACUACUCCGUCGACGCAGCAACCGAAACGAAUCGUCUAUACUCCAAGUCGUUUUGAUCCUAGUUCCACACCAUCUUGGACACAUAUUAGACGAGCAGCAAAUUCAUCACGUACACCGUUGUUUGUUAAACAGCCUGUUGGGCCAGAUUCACGGUAUAAACGGCAAGCUUCCUCACUUGCUUAUUCUUCAGCUCCGAAAAUUCCGAGACUGACUACUGGACGUCGAGCAAACAGGUGUUCUAAGUUUGGUCGAGGUCGAGCAAGUAAAUUAUCAAGGCAACGUGUUUCAAAAUCAAGUAGAUCAAAUUCUCCUAUCAUAGAGCAACAUUCAGAUAAUACUAAUUCAAUGGAAAAACCACUGAAUCCGACAAGUGGACAUUCCAGUUUCAAAGAAGAUAUUAUCAACACAGAACUUUCUCCGCUAGAUUCUGAUAUUUCUACAUUAUCGAAUACAAUAAAUUCGCCUAAAUCUUUGGAAGAAACAUCCGUAACCUUGCCAGAGAAAGCCGCUGAUGAUGGUUCCAUGGCACCUAAAGUAGAUCCAGGAGAUGGAAAACAAACUGUAUGGAAUGGAAAAGAUUAUCUUGAUCAUGAUUCACCAUGCACUCCUCCAUUACGGAAUCCUGUAAAUAGUGAUUGCCUGAUAACAUCUGGUGUCUUAUCAUCUAGUUUAGUUACUUCACCGAAACGACUGGAGAAUCGCAUGAAAUCUGUUGGUGUUGAACUAUCUGAAUUAAAGGUUUUGAACAUUCCGGAAAGAAGUACUUCAUCCGGAACUCAAAAUAGUGUACGACUUAAAUCACACCCAUUUCGGCGGAGAGCUCGUGGACGAAGAAGAGAUAAGUGUCGAGUUUCGACAUUUAAUAGUUUAUUUCAAAAUCCUUUGCGGAAGUGUUCAGAUCCACUUCACAUUAAGUCACAGAAUCGUUCUUUCCAGACUGUUCAAAGUCUCGAACGUAUACCUAAGGUUGAAAAUAACGUAAAUGAUCACCAAACUGUUGCAGUCGUUCCAGACAACUCUUUCCAAAGUUCUCGACCGACUCGAUCAGUACAUAAAACCGGAAGGCGUACAGGGCUAAAUGCAGACGCUUUUCACGAUUCUAUGAAAAAUGAACCUAUCACCACACAGUUUUCUUCUGAUGUAAAAAUGGAAACUAUCUGCUCCCCAGCAUCAGAUACAACUGAACCCAUGACAUUUGGUGAAAGAGCAGAACUUCUUAGAAUUCUUUGUAUAGAUAAUAAUUCUUCAGAGAAUCCGGUAUUUAGCAAAGAAAGCUUUGGUAAACUGCAACAGUAUGCAUCAAUUACAUUAAGAUCGCUACCUUCUUCUCCAUCAUCCCUUGAUUCCUCCCUCUCCUCUUCUUCUACUUCAAAAUCUUCACCUGAAGAAUCACUGCUUUUAAAGUCAGAAAUGAAUGACAUAAAAGGCUGUGAUAAUUUCGGAGAUGACAUUUCUCAAGGUGUAAAUAAGUCCUUAUUUUCAAGCUCCUGUAUUCAGAAAACUGUCAAUACAAAUCUAUCACCUGUGAAUUUUUCAGAUUCUAAAAAAACCUCUCCAGCCACUUCUUGCAAUAAUAAAAUACAUACUACUCAUACUGCCUCUCCACCAGUGGAUAAGUUAGGAGUUGGACCACCACCUCUCCUUCCUUUAUCUAGUAAAUCGGUUGAUCAAAAACGAUGUUCUUCCUCUUUGUUUUCAACAUCUGCUGAAAGUGAUCACAUUGCCGCACUUCCUCCUACCUUGAUGCCUUCCAGACAGUCGGAAUUGGUGUCGAGUUCCAGCAGUUGCUUCUUUACAAAUUCACAGCCUUUGUCAUCUAAGCAAAUCAGCGAUAAAAAUGGAGGAUUGCGUAUUACAAUUAAACUAGGUGGCGGGACAUUAAACGAAGAACAUCUUGCUUCAUCUCUUUCCCCUUCAUCUUCUUCCUUAUCUUCAUCAGAGUCAACUUCAGGGGAUGAAGACAACUCAACAACUCAUUACAUACCGUCACAAAAUUCAACCCAGAUAUUCAAAAAGGAACCGAAUGAAAGUAGUGUUUUGAACUUAGUGGAUAAGGACAGACCAAGUAGCCAUUCUGUAUCAUUGUCUCAGUCAACAACAUUUACAGAAAAAACACCAAAGCUUGUUAUUCGCCUCGGGAAUGGUUCUAUUGCAGCAUCUCAGCCACAGAAUAUUGCAACUACACAUCCUCAGUCGGUUAGUCAAAAUCUGACAAAUUAUUCAGAAAAUCCCACUUCAGUUGUUGACAAGAAGCAUUCAAGUUCUUUAAUAACCCCACCACCUCCUUUACAAUUGACUAUCUCUCGCGAUAGACUAAAAUAUAGAGGCCGCACUGCUUCACAAGGUAGCGAUUCAAAUGCAUCAAAUACGAGUUCAACAAUUACAGGAAGUCUUUCAAGUAGUGAAGAAGAAGUAGUUGUUCAUCCUCACAUUAGUCCUACGGGAUCUGCGAGUUUGCCACCGCCUCCUUCUCUGGAACGCUUGCCACCUCGACCAGGUCAUGGUGGUUUCCUAACGACUAAACCUACCACUCAAAUAAAUUUAGUUCAUCAUUCUCAGUUGCCACCUCCAUCCCUAACAAACAGUAUAAAGAAAUCAGACAAUAUUUUACCUUUGAAGCACAUAGUUUCACCAGGCACAAUUAUGUCGAAUGGUCCUAAUCCUACCGCUACUCAUUGUCACCUUCCACCUCUUCUCCCACUAUUUUCGUCGGUUUCGGAACAAAAGGAGUCUAUCUCACUAUCAUCUAAGUCAAGUCCAGUUUCAACAGAACAGUCUUUACAUUGUGACAAUUCAAAAUCAAAUUCACGUCUCGGCAAGCGAAGAACAUUGAUCCAGUCUUAUGCAGUUCAUUCUCCAGAAACUGAAUCAAUUAUUAACAGACCACGUGCUACCGUCGAUUCCGUCUUUACAGAUGAUGAUAGUGAUACUAAAAACGAAGAAAAAUCCCCUCUGUUGUCACUUACAGCUUCAUGUUCAAAUGACUCAGUUAAUAACCAGAAAUCCCUUCGUCCAUCUAACAGCGAAAAUAUGUAUAUAACUAAUCCUCCUGCUAAUUCUUUAGCUCCCUCUCUUAAUUCUACUGUACCUCCUUUGAAAACCCAACCACGAACAAAACACACUGGUUUGUAUAACAAAAAGUCUUUAUAUCGUCCUGUCACCAAGUUAUCAUCUCAUACCAGUAGUACAAAAAGUUCUGCAUCACUUAAAAGUGGGAAAGUUCGUGGCCGAUCCAAACUCAUACCUGCUUCGCCAAUCAAAACCCCAUCAAGUAAUAACAUAUCUUCCAAAAUGGUUCACCGUGAAUCUGCUUCACAAAUCGUUGUUGAAUCUGCUGGCAGCUCAUAUUAUUUUAAUAAUGAUGGUGAGCAAAUAUGGUUAUGUCCUAUUUGUUUACUGGAAGAUGAUGGCAAUUUGAUGAUUGGCUGUGAUAAUUGUCAAGAUUGGUAUCAUAGCACAUGUUUAGGGCUUUCCAAGGCUCCUGAAGUUCCCCAAUGGUUUUGUCCGAAGUGUUCACAAAAACCAUUACCACCAAAUACACUUAUAAAAUUCUCAAGUAAAGAUUCUGUUUCUCAUCUUACAAAAGGCAGCUCACGUGGUUCUGUAACCUCUCGCCCGAAAGUUAAACACUCUAAACGUGAAUCAGGGUCUAGAAAUCCAAAACACAAACCCAAACGAUAA